GGCGCCAGCGCUCAUAUAGGAUGCGCGGGGAUGGGACCGAGCCGGCCAGAGCAGCGGCUUUGCCAUCUGAGUAACACCCUCCAGCCAACCUCCUCUGCUCCUCCGGCGCUCGCUCUGCCUUUCCCCCCUCCUCUCCCUCUUCGCUUUUUAAAUUCCCCCUCCGUUCUCCCCCUCUUUGCGGCACUCGAAUCCUCCACGCCGGCAUCCAUCGCCACCCAGCCUCCCGCGCCGGGUGCUGCCCUGGCGCUUCCUCGGACCUGCCUACGCUACCCGCCUGUUGACAGAGGGACACGCUGACUUCGGGGGUCCUCCCCCGCGCCUCAGAGGGCGCGCUCCAGUCACCCGGCGGUGUUCUUUCUAAGAAAAGCCACCCUAAUCUCUUAAAACCCACCAGGCAGCGCCAAAAGCGACCCUCCGAGCAGCACCCCCCGCCCCCACCGAGCGCAGCUCGCUCCUGGCCUGGGGGUGGGUGGGACGGCAGGCCCAAGGCCAUGGAGGUGGCCACGGAUCAGCCUCGCUGGAUGGCCCACCACGCCGUGCUCAACGGGCAGCACCCCGAGAGCCACCACCCCGGGCUAGCUCACAACUACAUGGAACCAGCGCAGCUCCUACCUCCGGAUGAAGUCGACGUCUUCUUCAACCACCUGGACUCCCAGGGCAACCCUUACUACGCCAAUUCCGCCCACGCCCGGGCCAGGGUCUCCUACAGCCAGGCACACGCCCGCCUGACCGGGAGUCAAAUGUGCCGGCCUCAUCUUAUCCACAGCCCCGGGAUCCCUUGGCUGGACAGCAGCAAGGCGGCACUGUCUGCCCAUCACCACAACCCCUGGACCGUCAGCCCCUUCACCAAGACACCCCUGCACCCCUCGGCGGCCGGAGCGCCUGGAGCCAUCUCGGUGUACCCGGGCAGUAGCACCUCCAGCACCGCCUCCGUGUCUUCGCUCACCCCGGCCUCGCACUCCGGCUCCCACCUCUUCGGGUUCCCCCCGACCCCUCCCAAGGAAGUGUCCCCAGACCCCAACUCCACCAGCGCCGCCUCCCCUUCUUCCUCUGCCGGGGCUCGGCAGGAGGACAAAGACAGCAUCAAGUACCAAGUGUCGCUGUCGGAGGGGAUGAAGAUGGAGAGCGCCAGCCCGCUCAGAAGCAGCCUCACCAGCAUGGGGGCCCAGCCCUCCACCCACCACCCCAUCCCCACCUACCCCUCCUACGUGCCAGCAGCCCACGACUACAGCAGCAGCCUCUUCCACCCGGGCAGCUUUCUGGGGGGCCCCGCGUCCAGCUUCACCCCCAAGCCGCGGAGCAAGGCCAGGUCCUGUUCGGAAGGCAGAGAGUGUGUGAACUGCGGAGCCACUGCUACCCCUCUCUGGAGAAGAGACGGCACCGGGCAUUACCUGUGUAACGCCUGCGGGCUCUACCACAAAAUGAACGGUCAAAACCGACCUCUCAUUAAACCCAAGCGAAGGCUGUCAGCGGCCAGGAGGGCAGGGACUUGUUGUGCCAACUGUCAGACAACCACCACGACCUUAUGGCGACGUAAUGCAAACGGGGACCCAGUUUGUAAUGCCUGUGGACUCUACUAUAAAUUGCACAAUGUGAACAGGCCUCUGACCAUGAAAAAGGAAGGAAUUCAGACCAGGAAUAGGAAAAUGUCCAACAAAUCAAAGAAAAGCAAGAAAGGCUCUGAGUGUUUUGAGGAACUGUCCAAGUGCAUGCAGGAGAAGUCGUCUCCCUUCAGCGCUGCUGCCCUUGCCAGUCACAUGGCACCCAUGGGGCAUUUGCCCCCUUUCAGCCACUCUGGACACAUCCUACCAACACCUACCCCCAUCCACCCAUCUUCCAGCAUCUCAUUUGGACACCCACACCCAUCCAGCAUGGUUACAGCCAUGGGAUAAAACCUGAUGACCAAGAGACCCACCCAGAUAUUAAGAACAUGGGACUUUGCCUAAGAUGACACCAAGUAAGACAAUGUUCUGCCAAGAGGAGAAUGUAGGGAUGGCAAAAGGAGACCUUUGCUCCCAUGUGGUUUAACUCUUAAUGCUGGACUAAAACUUUGCAAGUGAUGGGUCUUCUGCAGAAAUGUGUAGUGGUGCCUGUAAUGCACUUUGCCCCCUCAGGUAUAAGGAAAAAGAACUCACCUGUUUGAUACUUAAUGGUCCAGCAGGAAGCAAAAGAUGGCAGAAGCUGAAGGAGAAGGCUUGGAACUGGCUUUCCUUUCUUUUCUCUCUUUGUUAUUACUGUGAAUAUUGUAAAGAGAUAUAAGCAGCCUCCCAGGAUGGAAUUGGCUCACUGGAAGCCAGACAUGCUGGAUUUCUAUUGCGGACUUUGUUUGGGAUGGGAAAAAAAAAAAGAAGAAAAAAAGCCCCCGAAAAAAAAAGAAAGAAAAAAAAAAAGAAAACAAAA